AUGACCGACACACCACUCCAAGGGGAUAAGCUGAACGAAGAACGCGCCUUCAUCAAGCGUUACACCGAAGGUAUAUCAUCCCAUAAGGUUGAAUAUCCUGCCGACUUCUCUACUCCUCUCGAAGAUAGACCAAGGAAAGUCGCUGUGGUCGGGGUAGAAAUAGCUGAACCUCCUUCAGCAGAAAGCAUGGAUGUCGAUGCUUCUUCUCAAGAUACAGUUACCAUUACCAUCAAAUGUCUCAAACCAUCCCUCACUCUUCCAAUUACCGCGACUCUCACCGACACAGUAUCAGACCUGAAAUCACUCAUCUCCAAAUCAUCUUCUACCGCUCCAGCAGCAGAUAGUCAACGAUUAUUACUCAAAGGAAAAGCUUUGACCGAUACCAAAUUACUCAAAGAAUACGAUAUAGCAGAUGGAGCGACCUUACAUCUCAUGGUCAAAGCACCAUCUUCUUCAGCGCCUUCACCUGCACCUACUCCUGCUCCAAGUGGAUUGACAAGUGAUGAAGCUACGUUCCCACCUCCAUCUUCAAUCUCACCUGCUCCUCCGGCAUUGACAAUUACAACUUCAAUCGAUGCAGCUUCUACGGCUGGUACUUCGAUGCCUUUGACCAAUCUCGAUACUGGUGCUCCACCUCUAGGUCCUCAACCUCAAGUAUCUUCAGCUUCUUUCCACGAUACUAUCUCGAAUCCUCAAUUUUGGCAAAAGAUUCACGCUUUAUGUAUCAGCGAAUUCCCAUUGGAAGACGAAGCAGAUGCUGCUUGGGAGACCUUCUUGGUCGCUAUGAAAGGAAGAUUGAGCGCUGGUGAAGCUGCCAAGAUACGAGACGUCGUUGGCGUGACUGGUAUGGGUGGACAAAUGGCGACAUAA